AUGAAGCGAACGUUGGACGCCGCGGAGCCGAGCCCGGUGUUCCUCUCCCGGGAAAAACGCCAGCGCCUCGCCCUCGAGCGCCGCCACGCCGCCGUCGCCGACCAGCGUCGCUCCGCGCACCCCACUCCGCCGCCUCCCCAUCACGAUUCCUCCUUAUCACGCCGAGACUGCCAGGACCGGCACCGUGAUCGCCGCGACAGAGAUCGGGACAGGGACGGCAGGGAGAAAGAUCGGGCGGUGGAGAGGGCGCGGGAGAAGGAGCUGGAGGCGAUCAGGGAGCAGUACCUCGGCGGAUCCAAGGACAAGAAGCCCAAGACGGUCGCCAAGCCGCGGGACAGGUUCCGCUUCGACUGGGCGAGCACGGACGACACCAGCCGCGUCGACGCCGGCGACAACCAGCCUCCGCACGCCGCACUGCUGCUCUACGGCCGCGGCUUCCUCGCCGGCAUCGACCGGCGUGAGCAGAAGAAGGCCGCGGCGGCCGCGCUCCACAGGGAGGCCGGUGACGGCGCCGCGGCGACGUACGACGCCCUGGACAUGCGCGUGGACAGACACUGGACGGACAAGCGCGCCGAGGAGAUGACGGAGCGGGACUGGCGGAUCCUCCGCGAGGACUUCGGCAUCUCGUACAAUGGCUCCCGCGUGCCCCGGCCUAUGCGGAGCUGGUCGGAGAGCGGGCUCGGGGCUGACUUGCUCCGCAACGUCGACAGGGCCGGAUACCGGAAGCCCACGCCGAUCCAGAUGGCUGCCGUGCCGCUCGGCCUCCAGCGACGCGACGUCAUCGGCGUCGCCCAGACCGGCUCCGGCAAGACCGCUGCCUUCGUGCUCCCCAUGCUGGCCUACGUCGCCCGCAUGCCGCGGCCGACCAGCCACAGCGAGGCGGACGAGGGCCCGUACGCGCUCGUUCUGGCGCCGACCCGGGAGCUCGCGCAGCAGAUCGAGAGAGAGACGGUGAAGCUCGCUGCAUGCCUAGGCAUCAGGGUGGUGUCCAUCGUCGGCGGCAAGUCGGACGGCCAGUCGACCAUCCAGAAGCAGGCCAGCAUGCUCGAGCGGGGGUGCGAGGUCAUCGUCGCGACGCCGGGCCGGCUCCUCGACUGCCUGGAUAGCAGGUACGCCGUGCUCAACCGGUGCAGCUACGUGGUGCUCGACGAGGCCGACAGGAUGAUCGACAUGGGCUUCGAGCCGCAGGUCGUCGGCGUGCUCGACGCAAUGCCGUCGAGCCACCUGAAGCCGGAGAACGCGGACGAGGAGCUGGACGAGGCGAGGACCUUCAGGACGACCCACAUGUUCAGCGCCACCAUGCCGCCGGCCGUGGAGCGGCUCGCCAGGAAGUACCUGCGGAACCCGGUGGUCGUCACGGUCGGCUCGGCCGGCAAGGCCGCGGACCUCGUCACCCAGAGCGUGGUCAUGGUGAAGGUCCAGGAGAAGAUGCCACGGCUCAAGAGGAUCCUCGCCGACCUCGGGAAGGACAGGACGGCCAUCGUGUUCUGCAACACGAAGAACUCCGUGGAGAAGCUCACCCAUGACGUGGAAAACGCAGGGUUGUGCCGGGCCACCGCGCUGCACGGAGGGAAGUCGCAGGACGAGAGGAAGGCCAGCCUCGACGGGUUCAGGAACGGCAGGUUCAACGUCCUCGUGGCCACCGACCUCGCCGCCCGCGGCAUCGACGUCCCGGAGGUCGCCCAUGUGAUCAACUACGAGAUGCCUAGCUCGAUCGAUCUGUACACGCAUCGUAUCGGGAGGACGGGGCGUGCCGGGAAGAAGGGGCUCUCGACAUCGUUUUUGACUAUGGAGAAUACUGACAUUUUCUUCGAUCUUAAGCAGAUGCUUGUGCAGAGCAAUAGUCCCGUGCCGCCGGAGCUUGCCAGGCAUGAGGCGUCCAAGUUGAAGCCGGGGUCUCUUCCUGGUAGACCUCCGAGAAGAAACGGCACCGUCCAUGCAUACCACUGA